CCCAAUGGAACUUUCCGCCUCCCAGGCACUUGACAGUUAACACCAGCAUCACGCUUAACAGUGCCGGCCAAAGUUCUUCGCGGAAAACUCUAUCGCCAAGAUAAGAUUGCUUCCGAAGUCUCACUGCACACUAUCCAUUUGCUUUGCCUAGAGGACUCAAUUUUUCUGAAAAAUCUCUUCGCUGAAAUCCUAGUUCAAGAAGAACAGCCGACCAAUACAUGGUUCGUUUGUCGAGGAGUGAAAUUUGACCCAAAAAAAGCUGUCAUUGUGGAGAGUAAAGAAUUUUUAUAGAUUUUCCUGGACUGCAUGAGUGGGUCAAACCCCAUAGCGUCCUUCAAGUUUAGGAGCUUGAAGCUUUACAAGCAGCAGCGUCCAUGGCUCUUACUACGGCCGCCCUCUCCAGCUAUUCUUUCAAAUUUUCGAUUCGCCAAGCUUCUUUAUUGUCGCCGUCUUCCUCUCGAAUUCGCCAUCGCUUCCCUUCUAGCCGAUGGUUGAACUUUAUUCAUCCUUUUGCCUCACAUAGGUUUGACUGUUUAAGUUCAAGAUGUUCAAUAACAAAUACCGAUACACACUUGGAUCAUGUCACAACGGAUGAGGCUCAAGGAGAGUCAUCAACUGUUGAACCUAAUUAUCCGGUGCCAAUAGUUACACUUAGCUCUGAUAUUCUUGAGACCGAGUCCCUGAAUCUACUGACUGAAGACACAUACGUAGAUAGUCUCUUGACAGCAUUACCUGUUUUGUCUGAAGAGGAGCAACAUGUCCUUGCAGCUACACCAGCUCACCCAGCUGCAUUAUAUGCUUUCUAUGCAAACUGCAUAGCUGGAAAUUUAGUCGAACAACUUUGGAAUUUUGCUUGGCCUUCAGCCAUUGCCUUGAUUCAUCCAAGCCUUUUACCUGUUGCGGUAAUGGGUUUUUUCACCAAAGUUGCUAUAAUUGUUGGAUGCCCCCUGGUUGGGAAAUUUAUGGAUCAUUUUCCCAGGGUAUCUGCAUAUAAUUGCUUGAAUAUCAUUCAGGCAGCUGCACAGUUGCUGUCUGCGACAAUGAUCAUUCAUGCCCAUUCUGUUCGUCCUACCUCUGUGACUUCCAUGCUUUUAUGUCCAUGGUAUGUCAUGUUAGUUUCAGCUGGGGCUAUCGAAAGGCUAUGUGGUGUUGCAGUGGGGGUUGCAAAUGAACGUGACUGGGUUGUAUUGCUGGCAGGGGUGAAUAGGCCAAUUGCACUUGCACAGGCAAAUGCAGUACUAAAUCGAAUUGAUCUCAUGUGUGAGAUAGUUGGGUCAUCACUUUUUGGAGCUCUCCUAUCAAAAUUUCACCCAGUAACCUGCUUGAAAUUUGCUGCUGGCUUAAUGAUGGGAUUACUUCCUGUUACAAUCGCACUAACAUGGUUGGCGAACAAACUCUCAACUGGUGUUCUUGACCGGUCUAAAUCCUCACAAACUUGUUGCAGAGUAUUCACUGAAGAUUCUGGGCCACAUGCUUACAAUAUAGUGGUUAAAGGUGUAGAAGCCAUAAAGCUUGGCUGGAAGGAAUAUCUUGGCCAGCCAGUCCUUCCAGCAAGUCUUGCGUGGGUGCUCCUAUACUUCAAUGUGGUUCUUGGACCAGGAAGUUUGAUGACAGCAUUUUUAACACAGCGUGGAUUACAUCCCUUUAUCAUUGGAGGAUUCAGUGGAUUGUGUGCUUUUAUGGGCGUUGCUGCGACAUUUGUGUCUUCAACUCUGGUCAAACAAUUUGGCAUUUUAAAGGCUGGGGCAGUUGGGUUGGUGUUUCAAGCUUUACUUCUCAGCAUGGCUGUAGCUGUAUAUUGGAGUGGAUCGAUUUCCCAACAAAACCCACUUUUUUUCUUCUUGUCCCUGGUUAUGUUGUCCCGGUUAGGACACAUGUCAUAUGAUGUUGUUGGUGCUCAGAUUAUUCAGACGGGGAUCCCAUCAUCCAAAGCAAAUCUCAUAGGGACAACAGAGGUUGCUGUUGCUAGUUUGGCAGAGUCUAUAAUGCUGGGAGUCGCCAUAAUUGCAAAUGACCCUUCUCAUUUUGGGUUUUUGGCAAUGUUGUCUCUUCUAUCCGUGGUUGGGGCAGCAUGGAUGUUUUGCAGAUGGUUGUUUAAUCCAACAGAUGAACAGAAAAACCUUUUUUCUUAUGAUCCUCAGUUUUGAUAAUUUUUUGCUUGUUGCGUUAGCUGCCCCGAUUGAUUCAAAGGUCAAGUGACAAGCGCAAAAGCCAAAAUAGAUAUGAAGUAAUGUAUUUAAGAAUGUGGGCGAUUAUUCAUCAGGUGGGAGAAGCCUGAUGCUUUUUCCUUCCACAUGAUCACGCUACGGUAUGGAUAGAUUACAUGGCUUUGAUUGUAAUGUGUAAAAUGCGCCGUACAAAAUCAGAUUGGACAUGACAUCUUCGUAGGUCCAAACAUGUACAUACAUUUUGUAAAGCAUUUGUUGAUUCAAUAUUUUUUCCCCAAUGCUUCAUACUUCAA